AUGAGCACUUUCGAUUAUGAAUUUGCUGAUUUCCAUACCUUAACUAAAGAUGAAACUUUACAAUUCUUUCACACAGAUGAACAAAAUGGUUUAAACAAUGAAGUUGCUAAUCAAAUCCUUAAAGAAGUUGGUGAAAAUAGUCUAGGUGAUGAUUCAAAGAUCGAUUAUAAAGCAAUGAUUAUUCAUCAACUUUGUAAUGCUAUGAUUUUAGUUCUUUUCAUUUCUAUGAUUAUCUCUUUUGCAAUUCAUGAUUGGAUUACUGGUGGUGUUAUUACUUUUGUCGUAGGUGUUAAUGUUGUUAUUGGUUUAGUUCAAGAAUAUAAAGCUUCAAAGACUAUGAACUCUUUAAAACAAUUAAGUUCUCCAAAUGCUCAUGUUAUUAGACGUGGUAAUAGUGAAAUCAUUUCAUCUAAAGAAGUUGUACCAGGUGAUAUUGUCUCAGUGAAAGUUGGUGAUACUAUUCCAGCUGAUUUACGUUUAAUCUCAAUGCAAAAUUUUGAAACUGAUGAAGCACUUUUAACUGGUGAAGCCUUACCUGUCUCAAAGGAUUGUGAUUUAGUAUUCCCUAAGGGUGAACAUACGCCUGUUGGUGAUCGUAUUAAUCUGGCUUAUUCUUCAUCUAGUGUCGUUAAAGGUAGAGCCAUUGGUGUUGUUAUUAAGACUGGUUUAAAUACAGAAAUUGGUAAGAUUGCUAAAUCUUUAACUACUGAUGAAGGUUUAAUCUCAAGAAAUCCUAAUUAUUCAUUUUGGAAGAAUUCUUGGAUUACUAUUAAACAAUCUUGUGGUGCAUUCUUAGGUACCACUGUGGGAACUCCAUUACACAGAAAAUUAUCAAAAUUGGCUGUUCUAUUGUUUUUCGUGGCUGUAAUCUUUGCUAUCGUCGUUAUGGCUUCUCAAAAAUUCGAUGUUGAUAAAGGUGUAGCCAUAUAUGCCAUUUGUGUUGCUUUGUCAAUGAUUCCUUCAUCAUUGGUUGUGGUUCUAACUAUCACAAUGUCUGUUGGUGCCUCAGUGAUGGCUUCAAGAAACGUCAUCAUCAGAAGACUAGAUUCCUUAGAGGCCUUAGGUGCAGUUAAUGAUAUUUGUUCCGAUAAGACUGGUACUUUAACUCAAGGGAAAAUGAUUGCAAGACAAGUUUGGAUACCUAAUUUUGGUACUAUCACAGUAAAUGACUCUAAUGAACCAUUUAAUCCAACUAUUGGGAGUAUUAAUUUGAUUCCAAGACAAUCUCCAUAUGAAUUUAAGAAUGAAGAAGAAGAAGAUGUAGGUAUCCUUCAAGGGUUCAAGAAUCAUUAUUUAAAGAAGACUUUACCUGAACAACUAGAUCCAAGACUGUUUACUAAAUGGUUAGAAACUGCAACAUUGGCUAACAUUGCUAAAGUUUUCUUAAAUGCAGAAAAUAAAUGGACUGUUCAUGGUGAUCCAACUGAAAUUGCUAUCCAAGUGUUUGCUUCAAGAAUGGAUCUACCAAGAUCUACUUUGACAGGUGAAAGUAUUCCAAAUGGUGAAAUGGCUGAUGACUUGGAAUCUCAAUCAGAAGAACAGAUUGAUAAUGAAAAUGCUGACUUCCAACAUUUGGCUGAAUUCCCAUUCGAUUCUACAAUCAAGAGAAUGUCUGCUGUCUAUAAUGAUAAUAGAAACGACACUACUGAAGUCUUUACAAAAGGUGCAUUUGAAGGUGUCUUAAAGAAUUGUACCUAUUGGUAUGGUGAUAAUCAGGAUACUCUACUACAUCUAACUGAGACUGAUAAGGCUUUUAUCCAAAAGAAUGUUAAUACUUUAUCUGCAGAAGGCUUAAGAGUUCUGGCAUUUGCAUCAAAAUCUUUCCACAAUGAUGAAUUGUCCCCUGAGACUAAAGAGAAAUUGACUUCAAACAGAGAGUUUGUUGAGGAUAAAUUGGUAUUCCUAGGUUUAAUUGGUAUUUAUGAUCCUCCAAGACAAGAAACUGCCGGUGCCGUCAAGAAGUUCCAUCAAGCAGGUAUCAAUGUUCGUAUGUUAACUGGUGAUUUCCCAGGUACUGCUAAAGCGAUUGCACAAGAAGUUGGUAUCCUACCAAUCAAUCUCUACCACUACCCAAAGGAUGUUAUUGAUAUUAUGGUUAUGACCGGUACUCAAUUUGAUGAUUUAUCCGAAGAUGAAAUUGAUAAUUUGCCUGUGUUACCUUUGGUUAUUGCACGUUGUUCUCCACAGACUAAAGUGAGGAUGAUUGAGGCUUUACAUCGUAGGGGUAAAUUCUGUGCCAUGACUGGUGAUGGUGUUAAUGACUCACCUUCUUUGAAAAUGGCUAAUGUUGGUAUUGCCAUGGGUAUUAAUGGUUCUGAUGUCGCUAAGGAAGCCUCUGAUAUUGUCCUAAGAGAUGACAAUUUUGCUUCUAUUCUUAAUGCUGUUGAAGAAGGUAGAAGAAUGAGUGACAAUAUUCAAAAGUUUGUCUUACAAUUAUUGGCCGAAAAUGUUGCCCAAGCUCUGUAUCUUAUCAUUGGUUUAGUUUUCAUUGAUUCUCAACAUAAAUCUGUGUUCCCAUUAUCUCCUGUUGAAGUCUUAUGGGUUAUCGUGGUUACAUCCUGUUUCCCUGCUAUGGGUCUUGGUCUAGAAUUAGCCGCCCCAGAUUUAAUGGAAAGACCACCUAAUGAUUCAAAAGCUGGUAUCUUUACAUGGGAGGUUAUUGCAGAUAUGUUUGUAUACGGUUUAAUGAUGGCUGGUGCUUGUAUGGCUACAUUCACCAGUGUUAUUUAUGGUAAGGAUUCUGGUGAAUUAGGUCAAAACUGUAACAAUAAGUACAGUUCCAUUUGUGACCCUGUCUACAAGGCUCGUUCCGGUGCUUUUGCUACCAUGACAUGGUGUGCUUUGAUUUUAGCUUGGGAAGUUGUCGAUAUGCGUAGAUCAUUCUUUAGAAUGAAGCCAGAAACUGAUGAACCAGUAAAACAAUUCUUCAGAGACAUUUGGAGUAACAAAUUCUUAUUCUGGUCUAUAAUGUUUGGUUUUGCUUCAGCUUUCCCAGUCGUCUACAUUCCAGUUAUUAACGACAAAGUCUUCUUACAUAGACCAAUCGGUUAUGAAUGGGGUCUGGCUAUUGCAUUCACAGUUGCAUUCUGGGCUGGUUGUGAACUAUACAAAUAUUUCAAGAGAGUGUACUACAGAAAGAAGUCUAAGGCUCAAAAUCCAGAGAAUGAUUUAGAAAGUGGUAACAUGAAGAACCCAUUCGAGGCAUACAGUACCUCCACCACCAUUAGAACUGAUAUUAUUAUCAACCCAAAAAAGUGA